GAUCGACACAUCGAGUCUGGAGAUCCGGGAAAUGGGAAGAAACAAGGAAGUGUUGUUAGCUAACAGUCUGCGAAGUACAAGGUACAUCAGUGGGUCCGCGAAACAUUUGACAUCUGGCUUGAUCAACUACCGUCAUAGAAAAAAAAUGCCUGAAAUACAGACACGGCGAAUUCAAGCCAUUGACACCAGUGCUAGCGGUGGACUGGAGGGAUUCAAGGCUCAUGCGGUGUUCCAGGAAAUCAACAAGAAGCUUCAAGAGGAUGGGGAGCAGUUUGUAAAAAAGAUUGGAGGAGUGUUUGCCUUCAAAGUUAAGGAUGGCCCAAAUGGACAGGAAGCUACUUGGUUUGUGGAUGUAAAGAACGGCAAAGGCAGUGUUCACAACGACACAGCUAAGAAAGCAGAUUGCACCAUUUCCAUGUCGGACACAGACUUGUUGGCCUUGAUGACGGGCAAGAUGAACCCCCAAACUGCAUUUUUCCAGGGCAAGCUGAAGAUCACGGGGAACAUGGGACUGGCCAUGAAGCUUCAAAGCCUGCAGCUGCAACCGGGCAAAGCCAAGCUGUAGAAGACAAGACGUGGACCCGCAGUCAACUAACUACACCUCAGAACACUGAAUAGAGUAAAAUCAUGAAGAACUGGUUUUGGAAAAAAAAAAAUUAUUAAUUCUCUCUUGCAGUCUGAACAACUUUUCCUUCUAGUGACCUCACUAACCAACCAAGGGAUUAGUCAGCAGCUCUGCCAUUAUAACUGGAGAAUAAAAUGGAUGGACAGAUAAUUCAUUCUUUCAUUAAGUCCCCAUCUGCAGGCCCUCUCUUGAUGAGACUCUCAGUGUGUCAGAAUAAAGGCAGGCACUCUGCUUUGUGAUACUAAUUCAGUUCGUGUCAAGUUUUUAAAUAACCUUUCAUGCUAAUAAAAAUCUUUGAGUGUAUUAUAUCUGGAGCUGUUGAGUUUAGAGCAGAUUGAUGUCCUUUUUACACAAUCAUGGACAUGACAGUCUAAGUGCCUCCUCGUCUCAUGAUAAGAUUUUUUUUUAGCCAGUAACGUAACGUAGAAAGAUUUUUCACUGCUGCUCUAUCCUUACUGUAUGAAUCCCUUAAAGAAUAAGACUAAAUAAAUAUAUCUUUGCUGGGUAGUAUUGACUA